AGCUGACUCAGUAGUCAUUCUCUUGCAACACAACGUACGUCAGAAUUUGUUAGUGGCAAAAUUUUGGUUUGCGCGUUCUCCGCUUGUUAUAUCAACGAUAUAUCAACGACAAAAGAGAGACCAAUAAGAGCGAAACGCACGUCGUAAUUUGAACGAUCUUUAUUUGCGAUGGAUAUCAGACUGUACGGUCUACUGCUCAUUUUUGCAGUCGUUGGAUCCAACGCCCAUUUGAAUUCCUUUGUCCGUGCUAGUAGAAAUCGUAGAGAUGUCGAAAGGAGUGUCGAUAGUUACGGGCUGGAAGACUACGAUUUAGUCAAGAUAAUUAAACGUGCGGCUGAUUCCAAGGAUACCGAUGCUAAGACAACUACUGAGAGUAAUGAGGAUAACACUAGUCUUACCACCAAAAAUCCUGGCACUCCGAGUCCUGGCACUACGAGUCCUGGCACUACGAGUCCUAGCACCACGAAAGCUACUACACCAAAACCUAAAUCGACCAAACCACCAAGUACCACCACCUCCAACGCAAUCUCGUCUAAACCUACGACUAAAUCAAAUCCAACAUCAACAGAAACGACUACGAAUAAGCCUCAGUUGGGAUCAAGAUCGGCAUUCGACACCAAAGAUGAUUCUACAUCGAAGCCAACUAAUCCAGAUGAAAAAGGAGACAAAAAACCAUCGGCCUUAUCACCUCGAACGAAAGCAGAUACGCCCGAUAACAAAGACAAAAGUCCAUCCUCACCGUCGUCAGGUUCUAAUCCUAACGAAUCAAGAUUUAAUCCGAGUUAUUCGCAACCUGGUAGUUACCCAUUCCCAGGAUAUAACUCUAUACCUCCUUAUGGUCCUAAUUAUGCAUUUACCAGUACUAAUCGUGGUCCCGGGUCGGCGAGUGCAUCGGCUAGCAGUUUCGCCAGCGCCGGUGCAUCAUCGUCGAGUAAUCCAAGCAAUCCACUCUUCAAUUCGCGCGGUGGAUUUCCUUUUAAUAAUCCUUACUACAAUCCCAAUGGAUAUGGAUCCGAAAAUGUAUGGCCGGCCACCAAUGACGCUUCUCAAAAUACUCCUGUGAAACCUAAAACAAAUUCUCGUUCUUAUUUCAAUACGGAAGACAAGUCCGACAAGUUACCUUCGAAUAAUCCGACAACUGGAAAUAAUGCCAGUCCAGUUAAUAAUCCUAACUCCAUACCAUCCAGCGGCCCACAAAAUUUCCCAAGUCGUACUUUCGGAGGUCCAUACAGUCCCAAUUUCGAUUAUCCUCCCGCGAAUGGGGUUCAGGGACCUAAUUAUGCCUGGACUAAUUCUGGACCCGGAUACGCUGGAGCAGCUGCAGGUGCUUCCUAUAGUUCUGGAUCAUCACCAUCGUUUAAUAGUCGUGGCGGGUUCCCCGAUAAUAGUGCUGGAACCGCAUUUCCGGAUAAUUCAGGAUACUCUCCUGGUGCCGUAGGUACUGGUUACCAACCUGGAUUUAACCCUGGAUUUGGCUCUGAUUUUGACAACGGCUUCUCAUUCCACCAACGCAUGAUGGAAGAUCAUUUCAGGCGCAUUCAAGCACAAUUCGAAGCUCAACAACGAGCGUUAUUCGACGCAAAUAACGGAAUAGGAGGAGGAGGAGGUGGUCCUAAUUAUGGUUUUGGUUCUUCUGAUCCAGGAAUUCAAUCCGCUAUUUCAAGUAUUAGUGUCGGACCUGGAGGUGGUUACCAGGCCGGUCAGAUAAGUCCCGUUGCACCAGGAGUAGAAUCUCGAUUUGCUGACCCAUUACCAGCACCGUCAGGAGGACCAAUUGGUGUCUUUGCUAGUUCCCGAUCUUCCAGUGUUACAGAUGAUUCUGGAAGGACUAUUGCUCAUAAAUCAGCAACCACUGGAUUAAAUGACAAUGGAAAGAUUACUUUCCGUACUGUCGAAGAUUAAUAAUGUUAUUUAAUGUAAUAAUAUUCAAUUAUGUGCUAUAUUAUUAUAGAAAUAUGUAUACAUAUAUUUCUAUAUGCAUUUAAUUUGUAUAUCUACUCGUUUAUAACCGUAUGUAAUAUGCAGAUGUAAAAGUUCAAUUAAACUAAUGUUCGCAUCGAGCGUAAAGCGAGAUGUUUAUUUCUCAGGGUAAUUAAUACA